AUGUCUGCCCCCGAAGCGAUACAAGUGAGUUCCUUACCGUUACCGCCCGUCCAGUACAUCAAUUUGUACACGGACGAGAAUGUACGCCGUGGACGAGCCCCACGUCCACCGCCGCCGAUCCACGAUAGUUACUCCAUGUUCGGCAAUGUGUUCAACGCGGACGAUACGAUUAUUAGACCGUUGGAGGCUCAGGGCAUCAAAAGACUGUACCCGCAACACUUCGAUCGUCGACGUGAAUUGAAGAAACUCAAUCACUCUCUGCUCGUGAAUUUCUUGGAUCUGAUUGAUUUGCUUGUCCAGUGUCCCGACAGUCCGCGACGAGCGGAAAAGGUCGAAGAUUUGAGUUUGUUAUUUAUUCAUAUUCAUCAUCUGCUGAAUGAAUUCAGACCACACCAGGCCAGAGAAACGUUGCGAGUUAUGAUGGAGCUACAGAAAAGACAACGCAUGGAAACAGCACUGCGUUUCCAGAAGCACCUUGAAAAAGUUCAAGAAAUCUUGCAACACGCCUUACAAAUGCUUCCAGACACUUCAGAAUUAGACUCGAAACUCGCAAUAAACACAGACGCGAUGGAAUCUGUGGACAACUUGGGAUUCGAGCAGCAGACCCAGGAUCCUUGUAGCCCAAGCGAUCGUAUCAUGUGCAAAGUGAUAGACGAUAUGAUCUCGUCAAAUGGACUAUUUUAAGACAUAUAGUUACUCUGGUCGCUUCACUAUUAUAUCAACCAUGUACAUUAUUAGUAAUAAUUAUGAUGAUGAAGUGUGAUCUUUUUUUAAACUGUUACAUGUAAGUGUUAUUAUGUUUACUAAGAUAUUCUUGACAAUAUUAAAGUAACUUUAGAAUUAGAA